GAUGAACAGAGUCACCAGGGUUCUUCGACCUAUCGGUAGACUCUCGAAGCACGAAUCUUCAUUGGCGGACUCAUCGGGAGCCAGGAUGGCAGCUGGACCUCGAGAAGCUACGACAGCAAUGCGUCCCCUGCCGGCGAUCGUGCCGCCUCCCGCGGACGCUGGUCUUCCGGCCCCGCUCAUCGUCGAGUCCCGCGGGCUGCUCGGCAAGCGCACCACGUACGACAACCCUUGGGCGCCGGGGAUAACGGAGAAGAGCCUCGGAGAUCUUGCGAAGAUGCUUCGGAGCGGGGACAUGGGGCACGUCCCCACCGAGCAGGAGACACUAGAAGACCUGCCGCAGGCGGAGGUGGACCUGGAGGCGAUCGCGCAGCACGGCGAGGGAGACCCGAUGCGGGUAACCUGGAUAGGGCACGCCACCUUACUAGUCCAGAUUGACGGCCUGAACAUCUUGACCGACCCUAUGUUCUCUGAAAGAGCAUCGGCUAGUCAGAUGGUGGGUCCGAAGCGGUUCAGGCCUCCAGCCCUGUCUGUGUCCGAGUUGCCCCGCAUCGACGUGGUGCUGCUGAGCCACAACCACUACGACCACCUGGACACGGGGUCGGUGAAGGCGGUAGGGGAUGGCCCGCUGUGGGUGGUACCGUCGGGCUUGAAACGGUUCAUGGGUAAGAUGGGUAUCAAGAACUGCGUGGAGCUGUCCUGGUGGGAAGAGGUGGAAGUGGAGGGUGGGGACGGUCCAGUGCGACUUGCGAGCACCCCGGCGCAGCACUGGUCGACCAGGGUUGUGUGGGACCGGAACACCAGUUUAUGGUGCGGGUUUGCCGUUGUCGGGAGUCGAGAGCGCUUCUACUUCGCCGGAGACACUGCUUACUGCCCCGUUUUCGGGCAGAUCGGGGAGCGGUACGGCCCGUUUGACCUCGCCGCUAUUCCUAUCGGGGCACACGAGCCGGCGUGGUUCAUGAAGGAGCAGCACUGCUCCCCGAAGGAAGCCGUGACUAUCCACAAGGAGCUGGGGUGGAAGCGGUCUUUCGCCGUGCACUGGGGUUGCCUCCUCCCUACUCUCUAG